CUUCUUCAGAAGUGGUGACAGGCUCAUCGCUCCAAAGUCUGGAAGAGUUUCCACCAAGUCAGACGUCAAUCAUUUCAAAGACUCCGCCCAUUUCAGAGACACAUCUUGUGUCAGUGAGUUCUUCUGUCGUGGAUUCUCUGACAGUCUCACCAAUGUUUUCACAGACCGGGACCAUGGUGUCCAUAUCUACAUACGAAUCUUUGGUGGAACACACAACGGGAAUUCAGCCAUCAGAGGCCCUCACUGCCAGUGCACUAACCCCGUUUCAUCUUCUCGUGAAUCAUCCUUUGCUGUUACACUGUCGCCAUCACUUACGUUGACGCCGUCGUCAGUAACCUUGCUGCAACCGUCGGAAGAAAUGACAGUGUCGGAGACAUAUUAUGUAACUCCUACUGAGAAUGAAUCCAUUUUUGAAGUAAGGUCAUCAAGUUCACGAACGUUGCCUUAUUCUCAAGAAACUGAGACUUCACCGAGUCUAGAAACACGGUCGUAUUCACGUGACACUGUGAUGUCAUCAUAUGAAAGUGUCGUUUCCACAGUGCAGGUCAGCAGGCAGUCGCUUUAUUCUGAACUAUCUCCUACUGGAGCAGAAUGGGAAAUAACUUCUCUAGCCACGCGCCUCUCUAGUGAGGAGACUUCACCGUUCACAUCUCUUAGUGUGGAGACCUCGCCAUACGCCGCUUCUUCUCCUGUAGAAAUAUCACCUGUCACCACAUUCAGUGCGGAGUCAUCGCCAUCCACUACAUCCAGUGUAGAGACAACAGUCCCCACCACAUCUUUGAUUGUAAAGACGAUCACUACGGUUUUCAGCGUGGAGACACCACCAUUCACUGCUUCUAGUGUGGCGAUAUCACCCUUACCCACAUCGUUUAUGGAGAUUUCACCAUCUACCACAUCCACUACUGAGAUGUUGCCAUUUACAAUAUCUUCUGCAGUAAUGGAGUCGUCGUCUCCCUCACACCGACCUGAGACAGAAGUUGUUAUCAACACUUUCUCUACAGAGUCCUUUACUCUGUCAUCUUUAUCAGAAUCACCGACGCUCGUCUCGGAGAUGCAGACUUCAGGUUUGUCCGAUGGUGAGCAGGGCUUGUCUACCUCACAAGUUAUAUCACUGUCGUCUGAAAUCGUUCAUAAAAGCAGCGAUAUACGCUUGGACAGCUCUGAUUGGACAGCAUCACCAUCGGAAGUGUCUGUCAUCCAUUCCACCCCGGUUGACAGCACGAGUUUCCACAUCUCGAGUACACAGGCCAUACGUUCGUCAAGUGCAGAGAUCUUAGUGUCACCAAGUACAGAGAUGAUAUCAUCGUUAAGUACAGAAAUCAUACCACCAUCCAGUACAGUUGAUAGCAUGUCUCUCCAGACCUCCACUAAUGAGUUCGGUCCAUCAUCAAGUACCGGUAUCUUAGCGCCAAGUACAGAGGUCGUAACAUCAAGUUCAGAGGUCGUAACAUCAAGUGCAGAGGUCAUAACAUCAAGUACAGAGGUCAUAACAUCAAGUACAGAGGUCGUAACAUCAAGUUCAGAGGUUAUACCAGCAUUCAGUACAGAAACCAUAUUAUCAUCCAGUACACAAGGUGCACCACCAUCUAGUACAUUUGACAGCACGUCUUUCCAGAUCUUGAGUACACAGGUCAUACAGUCGUCCAGUGUGGAAGUUACACCAUCACCAACUACAGAGAUCUUAUCAUCAUCAAGUACAGAGGUCGUACAGCCAUCAAGUACAGAGUUUACACCAUCACCAAGUAUCAUCGCAUCACCAAGUACAGAGGUUACACCAUCACCAAGUACAGAGUUUACACCAUCACCAAGUAUCAUCGCAUCACCAACUACAGAGGUUACACCAUCACCAAGUACAGAGGUUACACCAAUAUCAAGUUCAGCGCUCAUACAACCAUCCAGUACAGAGGCCAUACUACCAUCAAGUACAGAGAUCCUGCCAUCAUCAUCAGUGCCAACUACACCAUCUACAACUACUACAACUACAUCCCAAGUAGUGACCACCGCUUCUACAACCGCCGUGCCUGGCCUGGACUUUCUUGUUAUCACCGUGAUCAAGCUGCAGUCAGGAGACAACAUCACCUCCCCAGAAUUUGUCACCAAAAUGGAGGAGGGUCUGGCGAGGGCGUAUCAGACUGCGUUCGAACGGCAAACAGCUGGUGGAGGGGCCCGCAGAAGAAGGUCCGCUUUGCUGUGGCAAAUGGUCCUCGUGUCAACUUCUGGCAGGAGCAAGCGAGCUGUUGCCGGGAAUGUUGAAGUCGCAAUGCAGCGCGUUCAGCGGCAGACGACUAACCCCAGUAACGCUAACCUCACCUACACGGUAUCCAAGGAUGACAAGAUGUUGUCGGGGGCACAGGCUUCUGAGACCCUCAACACCUUACUGGACCAGGAGGUGGCCCUCGAGCUAAACCGCGUGGUGGUCACCGUCGCUGAACAAGGUCGGCAGGCAGUGGCUAGAGGUGAGUUCUUUCUUAUUCACAGCGGCAGUGCAGCCCCAGACGACAGCCACCAGCGAGGACAAGAAGCUCUGGAUCAUUGCGGCAGUGCUGGGGCCAGUGGUCCUGGUGAUACUCGUGGUGUUGGUAGUGUGCCUCCUGGUCCGCCAUUCGCAGCAAAGACGGGAGAAAGAUCUGCAGUGCAGGCAGUAAAGCCAGGUGAUGAACUUUUAGAUAAACCUAAUGAUGAAGAGAACAGUAAGAACGAACAGGGAGGAGAGGGUGAUGUCAGUGAAAAUCAAGAAAGGCCUUCAUCCAGCCAGUCCAACGGAUUGCUUAAGUCUAGACCACGGAAAAUGGUGUAUGAAGUCAACCCAUAUCCUGAUGUACCACCCUCUGAGGCACAUCUUCAAAAGAAGGGUAGAAGAUCUUUAAAGAAAAACAAAGCUUCUGCCUUGAAUGGAGCUCUUAAUGAAGAAAAUCAUCCAGAGAACACAAAGGAAGGGACCUUAAAAGUCAAGAAAAAACGUGUGAAAGAGUCUGGUGUGGCACAACCUGAAGGGAGGAGCUAG